GUGGACACAAGCGCAUUGGCUGCUGUGUUUUUUUCAUUAGGGUCCCAAACUACACACACCGAGAUUUGUUGGAAUAUUACGUUACAGUCCAGCAGGAAAAUGGCGACUGUCAUUCAUAAUCCUUUGAAAACCCUUGGAGAUCAGUUCUAUCGAGAGGCCAUUGAACACUGCCGUAGCUAUAAUGCACGUCUCUGCGCAGAGAGGAGCGUGCGCAUGCCAUUCCUCGACUCACAGACAGGGGUCGCUCAAAACAACUGCUACAUCUGGAUGGAGAAACAGCACCGGAGACCAGGUCAGGCGGCGGGUCAGAUGUACACGUACCCCGCUCGCUGCUGGAGGAAGAAGAGAAGACUGCACCCUCCUCUGGACCCUCAGCUCCGACUCUGCGAGCUACGCCUAGAGGCAGAGUUGGCCCCUAAACGUGAGGGCCCUCCAGGUGAAGCCACAGCUCUCGAGGCUCUGCUCAGAGGAGACAGUCUGCUGGAGAAGAAGAGUCUGAGCAAAGACGAAGAGACACUUCUGGAGAUACAGAGAGUUUUAGAAGCUGAAGAAAAUGGCGACGCUUUCCAGGACGAUGAGGACUUUGAGCUGGACACUCCGAAGAGGAAGAACCGGAACAGAGGAAAAAACAGAGGAUCGAGUCGGAGGAGGGCAGAGGCUGUGAACAACGAUGACCAGGACAAACCUUACGUCUGUGACAAUAGAUACAAACAAAAGCAUAACUCAAAAAGGGCUGAAGAAGUUUGUGGGAAGCGCUAUAAGAACCGCCCUGGUCUGAGUUACCACUACACCCACACUCACCUGGCCGAGGAGGAGGGAGAAGAGGAGAAGGAGCCUGAGAUUGCACCCUCUCCUCCCCCGCCCCCCGACACACACAAACCUCAGAAAGGUCCAGAUGGCUCCAUCAUCCCAAACGACUACUGCGACUUCUGUUUGGGUGACCAGGACUCCAACAGGAAAACCGGACAGGCCGAGGAGCUGGUGUCCUGCUCCGACUGUGGACGCUCCGGCCACCCCUCAUGUCUGCAGUUCACAGAGAACAUGAUGCAGGCUGUGAGAACGUACCAGUGGCAAUGCAUCGAGUGCAAGUCCUGCUCCCUGUGCGGCACUUCCGAGAAUGACGACCAGUUGCUGUUCUGUGACGACUGUGACAGAGGAUACCACAUGUACUGCCUCAAGCCACCAAUGACACAACCCCCUGAAGGGAGCUGGAGCUGUCACUUGUGUCUGGACCUAUUAAAAGACAAGGCCUCCGCGUUUGGAGAAGCAUAACAUCUCUGUAACAUCUGAAAACAUUUGAAAAGAUUUGAAAACAUUUGUACAUUUCUACUGUAACGUGUUUGUAACAGUUCAACAUGGCAUUAUCAACAACAACAUUCACCCACCCCACAUGUGCAGUGCAACAAAGCUAAUAUCUACAUCAGUUAAAAUGGCUUUAGUUUCGAUUAUUGAUCUCACAUUGACAAUUCAAUAUAUACAUACUAAAACUCAAAUUUAAAUACCAAAAACACUAACUAACCCAAAUGUUUGUAGAGUCUAAACUACAGGGUUAGCAGCUUUUACACAGAAUAAGACAUCAUGGAGACACAGGGAGGGCAUCUGACACACAGGGACACGUGUGGCCUUUUGAAUUGAGAUUUUGAGUUCAUUGCCGUAAAUGUUGCAAAAUUUAAAAAAUGUCAGUAAACAAAAGGAAAUCUGUUCAAAACUGUGACGAAUAUUCUGAAUUCAAGCCAUUUGAACUCCUGUAGAUCACUCUAUACACAAUGUUUUAACAGGCUCAGGGUCGAUCUUCUACCUCUCUAAGGCCAAACACAAACACACAAACACACACAUGCUACAUCUGCUAGCCUGUCCAGCCAACCCCAUUCACUUUCUAGCAACAAUAAUGAUCGUUAUCAAUCUUUUAAAAUGUGUUUCUCUCAAAUGUCCAAAUUGUAUUAUCAUGAACAAUAUAUUGAUAAUUACCUACUUUACAUGGAAGCCAUUACAUUGACAUCCAACUUAAAGGUGCAUUGUGUAACUUUUCUGGAUCUGUCAAAUGCUUUUCUUCAUGGAGAUUUUAUUGCUUUGUCUGGAAUGUUUCACAACGUGGCAAUAAACUUUCUUAUCAUUAUGGAAACCAAGCCAGGUCAAGUUACUGGCCAGAUCUGUGGAGAGGCAUAGUCAGAAUGUCUGUGUUUCAAGGUAUUUUUGAGCUAUAGAGCCACCUGUAAUUGGAAAAAUGCCGGUAAUCUGUUUAAUACCAUACUGUGGAACAUUUGAAGUAGAGCAUUGAUAUUUCCAUAGAAACAAGAGGGUGACAGACCCCCAACAAAGAAGUUACAUAGUGUAUCUUUAAAAUCAAAUUUUAUUGUUUAUUCCAAUCCUUAUCCAUUUUUAUCAGGACAUAUGUUACACCCUUUCUUUUCUCUGAUUGGUCACUCCACCUGUCAAUCAUACACUAUUUUUUUUUUUUAUUGAGUUGAAACAAAGAGACUAAAUUAUAGAUAAAUAUUGAGUUUGACUCAUGUUUGACUGGUCAGGCUAAAAAUUGUUUUGUUUUUUUCACAAGUUUUUUUUUUUUCUUUCUACCUCGCCUCUCAGCAGACGGCCACAAGCCAAAGCGAGAUCUGAACACAAAAAUACCUUGUUUUUCCACUUACUUAAAGGUCUUGUGCUUCUGUGUUUUGAAAGUCCAUACAUCUUCACUGAAUAAAAUUGGAUUUAGUCCUGGUUCAGUCUUGGCCUACAGUAGUUUCACUUCAGGGACUGAGGCAGUAUUGAUACUUUGCAGCUCAUGUCAUCAAGAUUCCCUGGGGGUGUGAUGCUAACUGAAGGCUCUGCUCUGUCUGUUACUCAAGACAGACUUUAAUUUGAGCUUUGUUUUAACACAAUCUGACCAAAAAGAACUGAUUUAAUAGAAACUGCAACUGAUUUGUACUGUUAUUUUUUUCUCACAUAGCAUUACAGUUACAAGCUAUCCAACAGUAGCCAGCAGUUUUUCAGUUAGUCACUCAUCUUUUUUGUUGAAACAGGAUCAAAGACGGCCAUGGCAGGCUCUUGAAAAUGUGUUUUUUAAAUCUAUUUUGUAUAUUUCUUCAGUUUACAGACUAUCUAAAAACUUUUUCUAAUGUGUCCAUUGUGUCAUCAGUGUAACAGCUGAACAUUCUGCAUGUAGACGCCGCAGUGUCACUGGAAAGUAUCAAUAUUAGGGGUAAAUAACCAAUAUGACUGAAGUUACAAAAAUAGUUCAAAAAUCUUGGAUAAAGCAUAGUACAGGACCUUUAAGCAUUUUUGUUCGUGUUUUGGAGACUGUUCCUGAUUCAUCGUUGUUUAAACCGCUCCGCUGUGUUUGGACAUUCCUUCUUUCAGAUCUGGAAAAUCUCACCGUUACCGUAGCGACACCAUCAUUCAUGUGUGUUGUCAAACUUUGGGACUGUUAUCAUCUUUUGCUAAAACACAAGAUGCUUAAGUUACUUCCCUGCAUGGUCAUUUUUGCAUCACGAAUUUUGUAUCUUUUUAAAAUGUGUAACUGUGUAAAGUUUAAUGUAAAAUAUGGGGUUCAGUUUAAGUACACUGUAAAAAAGGAAUAGCUUCAAUUGGUUUAGUUAAAAUUACUUGAAAUUCCAAAUGAACAGACAAUUUUAGAUGUAUUUAAUUAUUAUUAUGCUUAAGGGUAUGAAAAUUGCUAAACAAAUAAAAAACUCUGAAAAGCUACAAUAUGUAACAUUUUAGCCCCAAAAAAAUAACAGCAUGUCUUUUGGUUAUGUUUAGUGCUCUGAAAAACUUGUCACCUUACUAUGAUUGGGCUUGUAUCUCCACAAAAAUUGUCUCCAUGGAAAUGUUGUUCUUUUGGCUAUACUGUUCCACGGUAUGGCAUAAAACAUAUGUAUGUCUGUGGAGAAUGUUCCAAAUUGCAAUUUAAUGAAAACGUUACUCAAGUAUUAAAAAAAUGACUUGCUAUAACUAUUGAUUUUAAAACUAGUUGCCUUGUAGCUACAUAUUUUUAGGUUUACAUAGGUUUUCAGACAUUAUUUUGUGUUGAAAAUGUCAUCCUAUUGUACACAUUUAGGAUUAUAUGGAGAUGUAUUGGACUAGUACAUCUCCAUGGGAUAAAGAAGGAUUCAGACCGCUUAAACAGUUACAUGGUGCCCAUUUUUGAGUUUGAAAUAUCAUUAUCACAAUUAAAAUUACUACCUAUUAAUAAAUACAUUUCAUUUAAACAAGAUUAUUAAAACUAACGUAGAUUAGAGCAAGUCACCUCAACUGUUUCAUAAUCCCUUUUUACAGUGUAUGCAACCAGUGUUUAGCAUUUGGUAAAAGAAAAAAAAGUUCCAGUAUUUUAUGAGUGUAAUGUUUUGUUGUCAUGGAAACGGGAGGAUUCCAUCUUGUUUUGUGCGUUUGAUAUUUUUUCCACAGACAAUCAUUGGUUUUAGAGUAGAUUCCAGUGUUACUGAAGCAGAGGAUGGUGUCUGUCUUCCCUUUUACACAUGUUCAAAUCCUCGUCACAGUUAGAUCAAUGUGGAUGUCGUCUUUGGUUCUUGUGUUGUUAAGUUUUGUGUUAAAAUAAACAACGUUUUUUAUUUCCCAUCAAUGCUAUUUUUUUUACUGUAACUGUAAAAUAUUUUAAAGGUGCAUUGCGUAACUUUUCUGUUUUUUGUCUGUGUAUGUUGUCUGUUAUCUGAGACAAGCAGAUGACGCAUCUAGGUCAACUUACAAGUCAGCUCUGUGGAGAGGCAAACUGACUCACAGUAGGAAUACAUGUUUUUCAAGUUGUUUGAGUAAUAAAAAAACACAUGGAAUUGAAUCAAUGCAGGAGGCA